AUGGCCAAUCUCCGGUCCUUGCGCUGGGGCAUUAUCGCCACUGGCCAGAUAUCGUCCCACUUUGUUCAAGAUCUUAUCUUAGAACGCCCCGAUGCCCCUGUCAGACAUAUCGUCCAGGCGAUUGGGUCAUCGUCCAUCGAGAAAGGGCAGGCAUUUGCCUCGAAGUUCCUUCCAGGAUUUACCCCUAAUAUCUACGGCAGUUAUCAUGAAUGCUAUCGGGACCCGGAGGUCGAUAUUAUUUACAUUGGUACACCGCAUGCCUUGCAUAAGCAGAACUGCCUGGAUGCAAUUGCUGCAGGCAAAAACGUUCUGUGCGAGAAAGCGUUUACCAUUACUGCAAAAGAAGCCAUAGAGGUGUUUGAGGCAGCUCGCGCUAAGGGCGUCUUUGUGAUGGAAGCUAUGUGGACUCGUCAUUUUCCACUUGUCGAACGUCUACAGCAACUCCUACAUAAAGAAGGGCUUAUUGGGGAUAUCAAGAGAGUCUUCAGCGAUUUCGGAUUAAAGAUGGAUAUUGCGUCUCUCGGACAUGGGUCACGCUUGAAAAACCCUUCCCUCGGGGCUGGUAGCCUGUUAGAUAUAGGCAUCUAUAGUCUGACAUGGGCGCUUCUUGGCCUCGAAUCCGAGGCUAAGGAUCAAUCCCAGGCGCCUACUAUUGUCGCAACACAGACUUUGCAGGACGCUAUCGACAUCGCCACCGCAGCAAUUCUCCUUUAUCCCGAUGGGAGACAAGGCAUCAUUACCUCGUCGUUAGAGGUGAAAUCAGACGAUGCUUUCUGUCGAAUCGAAGGAUCACACGGCCAUAUUUUAGUUGAGGGUUUAGGCCCUUCAGUGCCUUCUUCCUUUACGAUGGAUUCCAAGAAGCAGGGUCUCAAGGCAAAAAGGUACGACUUUGAGCACCCGGGUAUGGGCUUCUAUUGGGAGGCAGAUGCUGCGGCGGCGCACAUUUUAGCCGGUGAGCUUGAAAGCGAUAGAAUGCCGUGGUCUGAAACGGUUCGUGUCAUGAAGAUCCUGGACGAGAUCCGGCGACAGGGGGGUGCCAGAUUUCCCCAGGACGAGGAGUAA